CGUGACGCGGGUGCCGGCCCGAGCGGCGGGUAACGGGUCACGUGAGAGGGGCGCGAAGAUGGCGGCCGGCGGGCUGUGCGCGAGGAGUAGCAGAGAACUGUGGACCAUUCUGCUGGGCAGAUCGGCUUUGAGGGAGACGGCUCAGAUUGCAGCAGAGUUGAACAAACAUUGGCAGAGGCUACUAGAGGGGCUCUCAUACUACAAGUCUCCCAGUUCAAGUUCAGCAGAAAAAGUAAAAGCUGACAAAGAUGUGGCUGCUCCAUUAAAGGAACUGGGCUUAAGGGUCAGCAAGUUCUUGGGUCUGGAUGAAGAACAGAGUGUACAGUUGCUACAGUGUUAUCUUCAGGAAGAUUACAGGGGCACCAGGGAUUCACUGAAGACUGUUCUGCAGGAUGAAAGACAGAGUCAGGCUCUGAUGCUGAAGCUGGCUGACUAUUACUAUGAAGAAAGGGUCUGCAUUCUGUGCUGUGUCCUCCACCUCCUUACUUAUUUUCAGGAUGAGAGGCACCCUUACAUGGCACAAUACUCCCAGUGUGUUGAAAAGCUGGAAAAGGAACUGGUUCCUAAUUAUAGGAAACAGUUUGAAGAGCUGUACAAAGCAGAAGCUCCUACUUGGGAAACGCAUGGAAAUCUCAUGACAGAGCGCCAGGUAUCCCGCUGGUUUGUGCAGUGCCUCCGUGAGCAAUCCAUGCUUUUGGAAGUCAUCUUUCUUUACUAUGCUUACUUUGAAAUGGCGCCUGAUGAACUGUUGGCAUUUGCCAGGAUGUUCAGAGAUCAGGGAUUUGGCUCUAGACAGACCAAUAGGCACUUGGUAGAUGAAAGCAUGGAUCAUCUGGUGGAUCGUAUUGGCUACUUCAGUGCUCUUAUUCUUGUGGAGGGCAUGGAAAUUGACUCCCUGCAUGAACGUGCUUUGGAUGAUAGAACAGAAGAACAUAAGUUAGCCAAUAAUGGGCAUGUUCACCAGCAGGAAAUGGACCGUCUACUGCUGACAUUAGGGGAUGUUUCGCAUAAUGCCCCUGUUCUCUUGGCCUGGGCUUUGCUUCGCCAUACAAUAAGCCCAGAAGAGUCAACAAAUGUAAUCAGGCGAAUGGGGAGUACCGCUAUUCAGCUUAAUGUGUUCCAGUAUCUGACCAAACUUCUCCGAUCGCUUAGCAGUGGGGGGAAGAAUAUCACGGAUUCCCAAACUGUGUGUACCGCCAGCACCGCUUGCAUGUGUAUUUAUGGGUUGCUUUCCUUUGUCCUGACCUCACUGGAGUUACGUACACUAGGCAAUCAGCAGGAUAUAAUUGAUGCUGCAUGUGAAGUUCUAGCAGCUUCCAGCAUUCCCCAGCUCUUCUGGAGGACAGAGCCAACUGCAGGUCUUGGCAUUAUCCUGGACAGUGUGUGUGGGAUGUUCCCCCAUCAUCUCUCUCCUCUCCUUCAGCUACUCCAAGCCCUUGUGUCAGAUAAAUCUACUGCAAAAAAGGUGUAUAGCUUCCUGGAUAAAAUGUCCUUCUACAUUGAGUUGUACAAGAACAAACCCCCUGAUGUGAUUUCACAUGAAGAUGGCACCCUUUGGCGAAAGCAGGCACCAAAGCUCCUCUAUCCUCUGGGGCUCGGUCAGACAAACUUGCGAAUACCUCAGGGAACAGUGGGCCAAGUAAUUCUGGAAGAUCGGGGGUACCUUGUACGAUGGGAAUAUUCCUACAGCAGCUGGACGUUGUUCACUUGUGAGAUUGAGAUGCUGCUCCACGUUGUAUCAACUGCAGAUGUGAUUCAGCAUUGCCAGAGGGUCAAGCCAGUCAUUGACCUGGUACACAAAGUCAUCAGCACUGAUGUGUCAGUAGCCGACUGUCUUCUCCCAAUCACAUCGCGGAUCUACAUGUUGUUGCAAAGGUUAACAACUGUGAUUUCUCCCCCUGUGGAUGUUAUUGCAUCCUGCGUCAACUGUUUGACUGUACUUGCUUCUCGGAUGCCAGCCAAGGUUUGGACUGACCUUCACCAUACAGGGUUCUUACCAUUUGUUGCUAAUCCAGUUUCCAGUAUGAGUCGCAUGAUUAGUGCUGAGGGAAUGAAUGCAGGAGGUUAUGGCAACCUGUUGAUGAGUAUAGAACAGCCUCAGGGAGAGUACUGUGUCACCAUCUCCUUUCUACACUUAAUCACUACUCUUGUCCGUGGACAGCUUGGCAGCACACAGAGCCAAGGACUGAUGCCCUGUAUCGUGUUUGUAUUGAAGGAGAUGCUGCCAAACUACCACAAAUGGCGCUAUAACUCCCAUGGAGUGAGAGAGCGAAUUGGGUGUCUGAUCCUGCAGCUGAUCCAUGCUAUUUUGAACCUGUGCCUUGAAAUGGAUCCUCAUAGCAGCAGUGCCCCCAGCCUUCAGUCUUUAUGCAUUUUCAGCCUGGCUAACACAGAAGCAGGGCAGGCUGUCAUUAACAUCAUGGGCAUUGGUGUGGACACCAUUGAUAUGGUAAUGGCUUCACAGUCCAGUAGUUGCACUCACUCAUUGGAGAAUUUCAAGGGAACUACAGUCAUUGCAAAUUUGUGGAAUGAUGAGUCGCUGGGCCAGGGCCAGCUGCUGAUCCAGACGGUUAAGUUGGCAUUCUCAGUCACUAAUAACGUCAUCCGGUUGAAACCUCCUUCUAGUGUGGUAUCCCCACUUGAACAGGCUCUCACACAGCAUGGUGCUCAUGGGAACAAUUUGAUUGCUGUCUUGGCCAAAUACAUCUACCACAAGCAUGACCCAGCACUACCACGCCUUGCCAUCCAGCUGCUUAAACGACUGGCUACGGUUGCUCCUAUGUCUGUGUAUGCCUGCCUUGGCAGUGAUGCUGCUGCUAUCCGUGAUGCUUUCCUGACUCGUCUUCAGAGUAAGAUUGAGGACAUGCGCAUUAAAGUCAUGAUCUUGGAAUUCCUCACAGUUGCUGUAGAGACACAACCUGGGCUUAUUGAGUUGUUCCUGAACCUGGAAGUGAAAGAUGGGGACGAUGGGUCAAAGGAAUUCAGCUUGGGGGAAUGGAGUUGCCUCCAGGUGAUCCUGGAGCUGAUAGACUCUAAGCAGCAGGAAAGAUAUUGGUGUCCUCCCCUCUUGCACCGUGCUGCCAUUGCGUUCCUACAUGCUCUGUGGCAGGACCGUCGGGAUAGUGCUAUGCUUGUUCUGCGGACCAAGCCCAAGUUUUGGGAAAAUUUAACCAACCCCCUGUUUGGGAUCCUUGCUUCCCCUUCAGAAACAUCAGAGCUCAGUGUCUUGGACACCUGUGCCUUAAUCAUGAAAAUCAUCUGCCUGGAGAUCUACUAUGUAGUCAAGGGCUCACUGGACCAGUCCCUAAAAGAUACCUUGAGGAAAUUCUCUAGCGAAAAGCGCUUUGCUUACUGGUCAGGAUAUGUGAAGUCACUGGCACAUCAUGUGGCAGAGACAGAGGGUACCAGCUGUGCCUCCCUGACAGAAUAUCAAAUGCUGAUUUCAGCCUGGCGGAUGCUGCUGAUCAUCUCUACCAGUCAUGCAGAUAUAAUGCAUCUGACUGAUUCUGCAGUCCAUCAGCAGCUGUUUCUGGAUGUGCUAAGUGGAACCAAGGCUUUACUGCUGGUUCCCAUGUCAGUAUCCUGCCUGCAGCUGGGAUCUAUGCUAUGCACCCUUCUUCUGAUUCUGCUCAGACAGUGGAAAAGUGAAUUGAAUUCUGUGGAUAAAAUCAUAAACUCCUUGACGCAGAUUUUGGAGGGAGUAUUGCAGGCGGAUCAGCAGAUGAUGGAGAAGACCAAGACCAAGGCCAAAGUGUUCUCUGCUCUCAUCACUGUCCUGCAGAUGAAGGAGAUGAAAGUGAGUGAGAUCCCACAGUACUCCCAGUUGGUGAUGAGUGUUUGUGAGACAAUCCAAGAUGAGGUAAUUGCGCUGUUUGAUCAGACGAGGCACAACUUGACUUCUGGAGACUCAGCAGAUGACAAGGACAGUAUGGAAACAGAUGAUGUCUCCCGAGUUAAACACAAGGACCAGCGAGAUGGGGUCUGUGUUCUGGGGCUGCAUCUGGCAAAGGAACUCUGUGAAAUAGAUGAAGAUGGAGAUUACUGGCUGCAGGUUACUAGAAAGGUCCCUGUACUUCCCACUACUUUCACAGCCUUGGAAAUCAGCCUGAGAGUCAAACAGAACCUUCAUUUCACAGAGGCCUCGUUGCAUCUACUCUUUACCUUAGCUAGGACACAACAGGGAGCUGCAGCUGUGGCUGGAGCAGGUGUCACGCAGAGUGUCUGCCUGCCCCUCCUGAGUGUAUAUCAGCUUAGCAGUAAUGGAACAAUUCAGACGCCUGCCUCAUCCCGGAAAUCUCUGGAUGCCCCCUCUUGGCCUGGGGUCUAUCGUCUCUCUAUGUCAUUGAUGGAGCGCCUUCUGAAGACACUUCGGUACAACUUCCUGACAGAGGCACUGGACUUUGUGGGUGUCCAUCAAGAGAGGAUUCUCCAAUGCCUGAAUGCAGUACGGACUGUGCAGAGCUUGGCCUGUCUGGAAGAAGCUGAUCACACUGUUGGCUUCAUUCUUCAGCUCUCCAAUUUUAUCAAAGAGUGGCAUUUUCACCUGCCACAGCUCAUGAGGGACAUGCAGGUGAACUUGUGUUACCUGUGCCAAGCCUGUACUUCCCUUCUGCAUAGCCGCAAAAUGCUUCAGCACUAUCUACAGACAAAAAAUGGGGACUCCCUUCCCUCAGGUGUGACACCUCGAGUGCAGCGCACCUCUCAGACCUCCUCCAGGCAUCCAAACCCUGAAUCAGAGGCUGCAGAGCAGAAGGCCCUGCGCACAGUGCAGUACAGUCUCCUGAAAAUCCUUAGCAAAUCACUGGCUGCCCUGCGCCACUUCACUCCUGACCUCUGCCAGAUCCUCCUUGAUCAGUCACUGGACCUUGCUGAGUACAACGUGCUCUUUGUUCUGAGUUUCACCACACCAGCCUUUGAUUCAGAUGUCGCUCCCUCCUUUGGGACCCUCCUGGCCACAGUCAACGUGGUUCUUAACAUGCUGGGCGAGCUGGAUAAGAAGAAGGAGCCCUUCCCUCAAGCUGUAGGGCUGAAUACGCAAGAGGGGACCAAAACUCUUAAGUCCCUGCUCAUGUUUACAAUGGAAAACUGUUUCUACCUGCUCAUCUCCCAGGCUGUUCGGUACUUGAAGGAUCCAGCUGUGCAUCCACGAGACAAGCAGCGAAUGAAGCAGGAGCUCAGUUCGGAGCUGAGUACGCUGCUCUCCAGCCUGUCUCGUUACUUCCGCCGUGGUGGUCCCUCUUCUCCUGCCAGUGGGGUCCUUCCUUCCCCCCAGGGAAAGUCUGCCUCCAAGUUUGGUCCUGAGGGGCAGGAGCCUUUGAUCCAACUGGUGCAAGCCUUUGUCAGACAUGUGCAGAGAUAGGUUCUGUACUUCCACUGCCUCCCUUUUCAGGAUUCACACCAGAACUACAUAUUUCCACAACAGAAGGUACCACGCUUGGCAGGACUUGUGAUGAGGACUGAGGGAGAGCUGGACGAUACUCUAAAUUGAGCAAGAACACCAGCCAGUGAGAUCCCAUUGAACCUGACUAGCAGAGUGAAUGAAAGGUCCAAGAGUAGAGCCCUUUCAAAGGAACUGAUCAGUCCCUACAGCCACCCUGCCUGGCUGGGUACAAGUGCUGAGUGUGCAAACCUGUUAUUUUAAUAGCUUGUACCUCAGCAGAAGCAGCUGGGUGGGGAGAGGAGGCAACUUUUCUAUCUUCCUCUGGGCAUUAACUUUGCUCUUACUACAAGCUGCACAAGAUGCAAUCUUCCUUUCCCCAGCAGUGAGGUACAGUCAAGGGAUCAGCCAGCAAUCUUUCUACUGCUAUUUUUGUAUUGAACAGUGCAAGGCAAGGUGAUGCGUGUGCGUGCGUGUGCGUGCUCCCUCCUCCUGUCAGUUUGUGCGUUCUGUAUAUUUCAGAAGAUUAGAACACCACCUCACCCAGAAAAAGUUUUUAAGUCAAAAUUCCAUUGCUCCUUUCUUGCAAGUUUUUGUAACCAUGCCCUAUUUAUACUGAUAUUAAAACAUUUAUAG